AUGGUACAUUCGUUUUCACUAAAUUAUAACCACCAGGUGCUUAUACUGGGACCGACAGGAUGUGGCAAGACAGCUCUUGUACAGAGAGUUGCAAAGGAUUGUGGGCUGGUGCUACGAACUAUCGUGGGGCCAGAGCUGUGUUCUCCACUGCCAGGAGAGGCAGAGAGAGCACUCACCGCCGUAUUUGACGAAUGUAGACUUCUAGCCCAGGAGUGUACAGGAGGCUGUUUGUUGCUACUGGACCAAGUGGAGAGUCUGUGUGGGCGACCAGGGGACUCAACGGAGAGUCAUGUGGUGAGGCUGGCCAGUCAUCUGCUGUCCUUGCUGGAAUCUGCACACAACACGCCGGGUCUUGUCGUAGUCGGCACCACCAGCCGGCCUCAGGCCUUGCACCCGGCAGCACGCCGGCCAGGCCAUUUCGACCAUGAGAUACACAUUGGGGUGAGCACUGAGAGUGAGCGAGUCAGCAUUCUGCUAGCGGUGACUCGUCACCACGGCCUGUGUGACUCACCGUGUGCCCAAGUGGCUCGGUGGACUCCGGGGUUUGUGGGAGCAGACCUGGCUCUGCUGGCUUCUAACGUAGCAAGACACUUGGAGAGAUUGGGUCUUCCAGCCAACUAUGCUGAUGAAGAAAGCCUACUGCAGUUUUGGCGGAGUCGUGUGUGUUUGCAGCAGCCGACAGCACUUAGAGGACAGCUAGGAGUGGUGCAGGGAGAGAGAGGUGACUUCUCCCAGCUGGGGGGUGUGAGCGGUGUAAGGCUCAAGCUGCUGCAGGCUGUACAGUGGCCGCUCUCACACCCUGAAGCCUUCCGGCGACUGGGCCUACCGCAGCCUAAAGGGGUCCUGCUGUAUGGGCCACCAGGUUGUGCAAAAACCAGUUUGGCACGUGCUGUGGCUGGCGCAACACAUACCACGUUCCUGGCGGUGAGUGCGGCGCAGAUAUACUCGCCCUAUGUAGGAGAUGCUGAGCGCACUGUAGCGGAACUGUUCCACCGAGCUCGCACCGCCGCUCCUGCCAUAUUGUUUAUCGACGAGAUAGGUACAGUGGAAAAUUUAAAGAUGGACGAGUUGACAUUCAUGAUGAAGGGGGCCCAAGGACGAAAGUCGGGUCGCAAACGAAGACCCUCGUUGAUCGAGUUGACCAAAGUGUAA